AUGAGCAAUAACCGAUGUACUCUCAACAUCCACAUUAACAAAAAUGCGCGCAACGCCAAUAUUUCAAUCACUAAACCCGACGAUUCAAGGACCCAUCAAACGCUAACACCUCUUAAUCAAACCCACGAGCAUAUUUUCAAUUUGCUGAAUUCUGAAAAAAUCAUCCACAAUCUCGAAUUUCAUCUCAAAUGCGACCCGGACACUAUCGUAAAGUCUGUGGUUCAAGAAGUGCAGGAACGACGAAAAAAUAAUUCGGAAUUCGGUUUGAACAUCAAAUCAUUAGAAUGGAAAUGCGAAACUGAGAAUAGUGCUCAGGCUCUUUACAAACUUCUCAAAGUGCUUCGUUUGGAAUGUUUGUCCCGGUUGGUGGUGGAUGUGGACCAAAUUGGUUCAGUGGAAUUGAUGGAUUUGGCGCAGCUCAUCUUCUCCAAAAUGAGCGCUUUCAACACAUCCUCCAAAACUCCCAGCAUUGAAAUAAAGACAUCAUCUAACUUGGACCUUACGGAUUGGGGUAAAACGUGUGUUGGCCGAGUCAAAGAGUCGGACCUCCGGAAGUAUAUAGUUGUGGCGAAUAGUUCAAAAAAAUUGGUGUGGAAACUGGAGAAGAAUCGAAUGAGCGGGAAAAUGGUCGAUGUGAAGGAUCUCGUUCUGAUUGAUCGAAUUUUUUAG